GUGCCGGUGCCCCUCGGUGCGUUUCUACCACCUGCUCCUCCUUAGCACCAUUUCCCACUUUCCCGGUGCCCCCCGCUCGCCGCGAUGCCCAAUUUCUCCGGGAAUUGGAAGAUGAAGAGCUCGGAGAACUUCGAAGAGCUGCUGAAAGCGUUGGGCGUUAACAUGAUGCUGCGGAAGAUCGCGGUGGCUGCGGCCUCGAAGCCAGCGGUGGAGAUCAAGCAGGACGGUGAAAGCUUCUACAUCAAGACCUCGACCACCGUGCGCACCACUGAGAUCAGCUUCAGGAUCGGGGAGGAGUUCGAGGAGCAAACGGUGGACGGGCGGCCCUGCAAGAGCUUGGCCAAGUGGGAGAGUGAGAACAAGAUGGUGUGUGAGCAGCGGCUGCUGAAGGGCGAGGGACCCCGGACGGGCUGGUCCAGAGAGCUGACCAAUGAUGGGGAGCUCAUCCUGACCAUGACAGCUGAUGAUGUUGUCUGCACCAGAGUGUACAUCCGGGAGUGACGCACGCCACCAACCAUCUCCCCACAACGGCUCCAGCCCCCCCUGCCCUUCCCCAUGCCUUUCCCGUGGCCCUGUGUCCCCCUGCUCCCCUGUA